AUGUUUUUCAUGCAGGAUAAAUCACCCAGCAAAGAAAAAUCCAAGAUACCACUAAGAUUUUUGCCACAGUCAUCUAUGGAGAAACCAGCCAGCAAAGAAAAAGACAAAGACAAAGGCAAGUUCCCAGCAAGGCUUCUGCCGCAGCUGGCCACGGUGAGCACGAAGCCGCAGUGGCAGGAGGCGGCCCCGUCCUUCCAUCUGAACAUCAAGCAGGAGGAGGAGAUCCCCGAGCCGUUCAGCGUGAAGAAUGAGCAGUCGUAUGCCGAAUACAUGGAACAGUUUGGAAGAAAGGGCACUCUGCUCGACCAAAUCGAUGACAGUCGCGCUGGCCCAUCCACUUCCAAAGCCAAGACCAAAUCCCCACACAAGGAACGAGAAAACUUCCGCAGCACCCUGGUGAACGUCAUCAUGCAACAGGAUGCUCUCUCAGACGUGCCUGCUCCUGACGAAAGUGCGUUUCCCAAAAUGACCACCUCUGCCAUAGAGAAAGACAUCUUGAGAUAUUACUAUUAUAUUCACCAUGGGAUUGAUACGGACCACAUAGCCCCUAUGGAAGAUGCUUGGCUAGAGAACGUAUUGAAUCUGGUCCCCCAGCAUCUGAAAGUCCUCACCGACAGCAUCCUCACGCUAUCUGAUGAAAUGAGAGAAGAUUAUCUUCUUAGUGUAAAAAAGUCUAUAGUUGAUUUUGUUUUAAAAGAUCCCAGAGAGAAAGAUGAUAAGAAGACAGAAGAACUUCCACCCCAUCGUGCUGAAAUGGAAAUUCUCCCGAAACCUUGGAGGAAAUCUUUCUUGGCCGCAAGUAGCUACAUCAGGGACCACUUGAACGCGAUGAACCCCACGAUGCUGGCGGUGCUGGACCUGUGGAACAGCACCUUCAAGAAAUUACGUUUAAUUGAUACAGAAGAAUUUCACAAUCGCCAGGAGGCGUUAGAGCUGUCAAACUUUCAGACCAUCAUCAUGAGACACCUGGAAACUGCCAAAGAGACUCUACUUAAAACGUGGUUUCCGGAAGUGCAGAACAUCUAUUACCAAGGCAAUAAAAAGAAGCAGCUGCCCACUGGCGAGAGCAGCGCCAAGCUGGAGUCCUUUUUCAACUGCGCCGCGGCGCUGAUGACCUUACAGCUGCAGGACCUCACCUUGGCCUCCAUGCAAGACUUCACAGACUUAGUCGCACAACCCCCAGAUUCUGUCAGGGCUUUUGAACAUCCAGGUUUCAUCGUGAGGCUGCUUCUUGAUAAUGACACCAUUAAGUUUGAACCUCAGUUCGAAGACUAUAUAGACAUCUUUUUAAAUAUUUAUGAUGUCAUGAUUAAAGCUGUCAGUUUUGUGCCGAGGGUUGAGACAAAAUUGUAUUCCAAGUGGGACAGUAACUCUAAGCCAACAACCUUGGCACCAGUCAUUCUGGAUGAGAUUAUUGAAGCUCACAAAGAAAAGGUUAAGGAAGUGAUCCUGAGAGAGAGCGCAGCCCCCAUCGAGCACCUCAAACUCUACAACAAGUACGACUUCUUGAUCACCAGGAAAGCCGAGAGAGAUGUGGACGCGUUCCUGGCAGAAAACCAUCAUUACGAGAAAAUAAUACAAGAAAUUCGCAAAUACCAACAACUUAUAGAGGACAUACAGUACACAACGAGAAAGACUGUUCGCUUAGGAAUGUUUGAAGUGCGCUGUGAGGAUUUAAUUAGAGCUUUGGUGAAGCGAGCAGAGGUUAUUUGUGGAAAACUUGUAGCUAAAAUGUUCAGAGAUCAUCAAGAAGUAAAUACAAGGUUAUGUGAUGAAUUUGAGAAGAUCGCCGAAAAAGCUCUCAGCACCCCUCCGAACACGGCGGAACUGAUGGAAAUGAAGGCUUAUAUUAAGAAAGUGGAGACAGUUGAUAUGAUUGAGCUGGGACGCAGACUGGUGGAUUCCAAGAACUGCCUCGCCUUCCUCAUCGAGUGCGCCACCUUCUCCCCGGCGGACAUCAGGCUCAACAACAACGUGUUCCAGUGGUACGGGCGCAUGGAGGAGAUCUUCGAGGAGCACAGGAGGAUCAUCGCGGACAAAACAGAGCAGUACCAGGACGGCCUCAAGCUGCGGUGCCAGCGGUUUGUGGAGGAGCUGGAGAGCUACGCGAAGCAGUCGGAAGAGUUUUACUCCCUGGGCGACCUGCAGGACGUGCAGCGGUACCUGAAAAAGGCCCAGACACUGAACGGGAAGCUGGACCUCGCAGCGGACAAGAUCGAGCAGUUUAACGCCGAAGAGGAGGCCUUUGGUUGGCCACCGUCGCUGUAUCCUCAACGCAAAAAAAUCCAAGACAGUCUGAACCCCUACCUUCGUCUCUAUGAAACCGCUGUCGAAUUUAGCAAUAAAUAUAGAGCGUGGACAGAAGGGCCGUAUCACAAGGUGGAUCCAGACCAAGUAGAAGUCGACGUUGGCAACUACUGGCGAGGACUCUACAAGCUGGAGAAGACCUUCAACGACUCUCCCAAUGCCCUGGCGAUGACGAAGAAAGUCAAAGCCAAGGUGGAAGAUUUCAAGCAGCACAUCCCUCUCAUUCAAGUGAUCUGCAACCCUGGGCUGCGCCCCAGGCACUGGGAGGCCAUGUCCAACAUUGUGGGUUUCCCCCUGCAGCCCGCCGACGAGUCCACCGUCUCCCCUUUCCUGGACAUGAACCUGGAGCCGUAUUUAGACAGAUUUGAAGGCAUCAGCGAAGCAGCCAGCAAGGAGUACACUCUCGAGAAGACCUUGGAGAAGAUGAUUAAAGAGUGGGACUCAAUGGAAUUUGUCCUUCUCUCUUAUAGAGAAUCCGGGACAUCCAUUUUGUCAUCAGUUGACGAAAUUCAGAUGUUGUUGGAUGACCACAUCAUUAAGACACAGACAAUGCGAGGGUCUCCUUUCAUCAAGCCCUAUGAAAAACAAAUCAGAGAAUGGGAAGCCAAGCUGCUGCUGCUGCAGGAGAUCCUGGACGAGUGGCUCAAGGUCCAAGCCACGUGGCUGUACCUGGAGCCCAUCUUCAGCUCCCCUGACAUUAUGUCCCAGAUGCCCGAGGAAGGCCGGCGGUUUACAACUGUGGAUAAAACGUGGAGAGAUAUAAUGAAAACGAUCCUGCAAGAUAAACAUGUUCUGUCCGUGGUGACUAUUGAUAGAAUGUUGGAGAGGCUGAAAAAGUCUAAUGAACUUUUGGAACUCAUCCUCAAGGGACUCAACGAGUAUCUAGAAAAGAAGCGCCUCUUCUUCCCCAGGUUCUUUUUCUUGUCUAACGAUGAACUUCUUGAGAUCCUCUCUGAGACGAAAGAUCCUACCAGGGUGCAGCCUCACCUGAAGAAAUGUUUCGAAGGGAUCGCCAGGGUGGAGUUCACGGAGACCUUAGACAUCACGCACAUGAAGAGCAGCGAGAACGAGGUGGUGGAGCUCAUCGAGACCAUUUCCACAGUGAAGGCCAGAGGCCAAGUGGAAAAGUGGUUGGUUGAGUUAGAGAGAGUGAUGAUCAGAUCCAUCCAAAAGGUCAUUAAAUCUGCCAUCAUUGCCUAUACACAAUAUGAGCGGAUUAAGUGGGUGAGGGUCUGGCCUGGACAGACGGUGCUCUGUGUGUCCCAGACCUACUGGACAACCGAAGUCCAAGCAGCUAUUUCGAAAGGGCAAGAGGCUCUUGAGGAAUACUUGGAAAAAUGUAACCGUCAAAUUGAUGAUAUUGUCACCUUGGUCCGCGGCAAACUGUCCAAGCAGAAUCGCGUGACUCUGGGGGCCCUGGUGGUGCUGGAUGUUCACGCCAGAGACGUCCUCACGUCCCUGGUUAAUAAGAAAGUCAGUGAUGAAUCUGACUUUGAAUGGUUAAGUCAGCUGAGGUACUACUGGCAGGACAAUAAUUUAGAAACAAAGAUGAUUAACGCCGGCUUGCGAUACGGGUAUGAGUACCUGGGCAACUCCCCGCGGCUGGUGAUCACUCCGCUCACUGACCGAUGUUACAGAACCCUGUUCGGAGCCCUGCACCUGCACCUCGGGGGGGCGCCCGAGGGCCCCGCGGGCACGGGGAAGACGGAAACCACCAAGGACUUGGCCAAGGCGGUGGCCAAGCAGUGUGUCGUGUUCAACUGCUCCGACGGGCUGGACUACCUGGCUUUAGGGAAAUUCUUCAAGGGACUGCUAUCUUGCGGAGCCUGGGCUUGCUUUGAUGAGUUUAACAGAAUCGAUUUGGAAGUACUUUCUGUGGUGGCUCAACAAAUCCUUACUAUCCAGAGAGGCAUUAACGCAGGGGCGGACACACUGAUAUUUGAAGGAACGGAACUAAAACUGGACCCCACGUGCGCUGUCUUUAUCACCAUGAACCCUGGGUAUGCCGGGCGCUCGGAGCUGCCAGAUAAUCUGAAGGCCCUCUUCCGGACAGUAGCCAUGAUGGUGCCCGACUAUGCCAUGAUCGCCGAAAUAGUCCUGUACUCCUGUGGGUUCGUCACGGCGCGGCCGCUGUCGGUGAAGAUCGUGGCUACUUACCGCCUGUGCUCAGAGCAGCUGUCCUCGCAGCACCACUAUGACUACGGCAUGAGGGCCGUGAAGUCGGUGCUCACCGCCGCCGGCAACCUGAAGCUGAAAUAUCCACAUGAAAAUGAAGAAAUUUUGCUGCUUAGAUCUAUUAUUGAUGUAAAUCUGCCAAAAUUUUUGUCCCAUGAUUUACCGCUCUUUGAGGGCAUCACUUCGGAUCUGUUUCCUGGGGUGAAGUUGCCAAAGCCAGAUUACAAUGACUUGCUGAUGGCCAUCAAAGACAACUGCGAGGCCAUGAACUUGCAAAUGACCGGUUUCUUUUCUGAGAAGAUCCUCCAGAUAUAUGAAAUGAUGAUUGUGCGCCACGGCUUCAUGAUUGUCGGGGAGCCGUUUGGAGGGAAGACCAGUGCCUAUCGCGUCUUAGCUGGAGCCCUAAGUGAUAUAUGUGAAAAGGGCUUAAUGGAAGAAAACAAGGUUCAAAUCACUGUCCUGAACCCCAAGUCUGUCACCAUGGGCCAGCUGUACGGGCAGUUCGACCAGGUGUCCCACGAGUGGUCCGACGGGGUCCUUGCUGUCAGUUUCAGGGCCUUCGCCUCUUCGAUGACACCAGACAGGAAGUGGCUGGUCUUCGACGGCCCGGUGGAUGCCGUGUGGAUCGAGAACAUGAACACUGUGCUGGACGACAACAAGAAGCUGUGCCUGAUGAGCGGGGAGAUUAUUCAGAUGUCACCGCAAAUGAACCUUAUUUUUGAGCCAAUGGAUUUGGAAGUUGCUUCUCCUGCCACCGUUUCCAGGUGUGGGAUGAUCUACAUGGAGCCUCACAUGUUAGGCUGGAGGCCCCUGAUGAUGUCCUGGGUGAACCUCCUGCCUGCGACGCUCAAUGCCACGCAGAAGGAGUUCCUAGUGACCUUAUUUGACAGAAUGAUCCCUGUUUCUGUCGAGUUUAUCAGAAAGCACACAAAGGAAUUAUCUCCUACUUCAGAUACAAACUUAGUCCGAUCCUUAAUGAAUCUAAUAGACUGUUUUAUGGAUGAAUUUGCCGAUGAAGUGAACGUGAGAGAGAGAAAUGAUCGCGAGGCUUACUCCUUACUUGAGGGCAUUUUUAUCUUUUCGUUGAUAUGGUCCGUCGGUGCUUCUUGUACAGAUGAUGAUCGGUUGAAAUUUAAUAAGAUUCUUCGAGAACUAAUGGAGGGUCCAAUUUCAGACGCAACUCGCAAUAGGUUUAAAAUACUGAGCAGCGUUGAACAAACGUCUUCAAAAGCACUCACCGUCCCAUUUCCUGAAAAAAAAACCAUUUAUGAUUAUCAGUUUGUCACUGAGGGAAUAGGACGAUGGGAACCAUGGAUAAAGAAAUUGGCAGACGCCCCUCCAAUUUCUAAAGAUAUGUUGUUUAAUGAAAUCAUUGUACCAACUCUGGACACGAUUCGCUACUCAGCGUUAAUGGAUUUGUUAACCACCCAUCAAAAGCCAACAAUAUUUGUAGGACCCACAGGAACUGGGAAGAGUUCUUACAUUAUUAACUUCCUUUUAACUCAAAUCAAUAAAGAAAUCUACAAGCCUCUGCUAAUUAACUUCUCAGCACAAACUACAGCAGCUCAAACUCAGAACAUCAUCAUGUCAAAGUUGGACAAAAGAAGAAAGGGAGUGUUUGGUCCUCCUCUGGGCAAGAAAAUGGUUGUCUUUGUAGAUGACGUCAACAUGCCUGCGCGGGAGGUGUACGGGGCUCAGCCGCCCAUUGAGCUGCUGAGACAGUGGUUGGAUCACUGGAAUUGGUACGACCUAAAAGACUGCUCGAUGAUUAAGCUAGUGGACGUUCAGAUCAUGUGUGCGAUGGGACCUCCAGGUGGUGGGCGAAAUCCGGUGACGCCUCGAUUCAUGCGGCAUUUCAAUGUUAUAACGAUCAAUGAGUUUAGUGACAAAUCCAUGUAUACAAUCUUCUCUAGAAUCUUGAACUGGCAUUUAAAAACCUGUUAUAAAUUUCCAGAGGAUUUUCUAACUUUGACCGCCCAGAUUGUCAACGGUACGAUGAUUCUGUACAAAGAGGCAAUGAAGAACCUCUUGCCUACCCCGGCCAAGUCGCACUACCUGUUCAACCUGCGGGACUUCUCCCGUGUCAUUCAGGGCAUUUGUUUGUCCAGACCGGAAACCACGGCAACCAAAGAGGCCAUUAAGCGUCUUUGGGUUCACGAGGUCCUUAGGGUGUAUUAUGAUCGCCUCCUGGAUAAUGCAGACCGACAUUGGCUUAUCGAGUACAUUCAAGAAAUUUUGACAAGUCAUAUGUAUGAAAAUUUUCAUGAGCUUUUUCAACAUCUGGAUUUCAAUGGUGAUGGAAUAGUGGAAGAAGAUGACUUACGCAGCUUAAUGUUUUGUGAUUUCCAUGAUCCCAAGAAGGAGGACACCAACUACAGAGAGGUUGAAAAUGUGGACAAUCUCCGGAUGAUCGUGGAAACCCACCUUGAGGAAUAUAACAACAUGAGCAAGAAGACCAUGAGCCUUGUCUUGUUCCGAUUUGCCAUCGAGCACAUCAGCCGCAUCUCCAGGAUCCUGAAGCAGCCUCGGAGCCAUGCUCUUCUGGUUGGCGUGGGAGGCAGCGGGAGGCAGUCUGUCACCAGGUUAGCUACCCACAUGGCUGAUUAUUCCAUCUUCCAGGUCGAAAUCACGAAGGGCUACGGUAACACCGAGUGGCACGAGGAUCUAAAAGUGAUCUUGAGGAAAUGCGCUGAGGGCGAGAUGCAGGGGGUCUUCCUGUUUACAGACACUCAGAUUAAAAGGGAGUCGUUUCUAGAAGAUGUCAACAACCUGCUCAAUGCGGGGGAAGUGCCGAAUCUCUUUCCAUUAGACGAGAAGCAAGAGAUAUGCGAAAAGAUGCGCCAGCUCGAUCGCCAACGGGAUAAAACCAAACAGACCGAUGGAAGCCCCAUCGCUCUGUUCAACAUGUUCAUCGAUCGCUGCCGCAACCAGCUGCACGUCGUCCUGGCCAUGAGCCCCAUUGGGGAUGCCUUUCGGAUUCGUCUGAGAAAGUUCCCGGCUCUUGUUAACUGCUGUACCAUUGACUGGUUUCAGUCGUGGCCUGAGGAUGCACUCCAGGCAGUGGCCUCACGCUUUUUGGAAGAAAUUGAGAUGUCAGAGGAGAUACGGGACGGCUGCAUCGACAUGUGUAAAAGCUUCCACACGUCCACUAUAGAGUUGUCCACAUCCUUCCAUGUCGAGCUUCAAAGAUACAAUUAUGUGACUCCAACCUCUUAUCUGGAAUUAAUCUCCACCUUCAAACUGUUGUUGGAAAAUAAAAGAAGCGAAGUGAUGAAGAUGAAGAAGAGGUACGAGGUGGGUCUGGAGAAACUGGAUUCCGCGGCAUCGCAAGUCGCCUCCAUGCAGCUGGAGCUGGAGGCGCUCCACCCUCAGCUAAAGGUUGCCAGCAAAGCGGUGGACGAAAUGAUGCUGAUGAUCGAGAGGGAAUCGUUCGAAGUGGCCAAAACGGAAAAAAUAGUGAAAGCUGAUGAGAUCGUGGCAAACGAGCAGGCUAUGGCCGCCAAAGCCAUCAAAGACGAAUGUGACGCCGACCUGGCGGGGGCCUUGCCCAUCCUCGAGUCGGCGCUCGCGGCCCUGGACACCCUGACCGCGCAGGACAUUACAGUGGUCAAGUCCAUGAAGAGUCCGCCUGCUGGGGUCAAGCUCGUUAUGGAGGCCAUCUGCAUCCUGAAAGGCAUCAAAUCCGACAAGAUCCCCGACCCCACGGGUUCUGGGAAGAAGAUAGAGGAUUUCUGGGGUCCAGCUAAGAGACUCCUCGGUGACAUUCGAUUCCUACAGUCCCUUCAUGAAUAUGACAAAGACAACAUUCCUCCGGCCUACAUGAACAUCAUCAGGAAAAAUUACAUUCCAAAUCCGGACUUUGUCCCAGAAAAGAUCAGAAAUGCAUCCACGGCGGCCGAGGGCCUGUGCAAGUGGGUCAUCGCCAUGGAUUCGUACGACAAAGUGGCAAAAAUAGUCGCUCCCAAAAAGAUCAAGCUGGCUGCAGCGGAGGGGGAGCUCAAAGUCGCCAUGGACGGCCUCCGGAAGAAGCAGGCCGCCCUGCACGAGGUGCAGGACAAGCUGGCCAAGCUGCAGGACAAGCUGGAGCAGAACAAAGAAAAGAAGGCUGACCUGGAGAACCAGGUUGACUUGUGCAGCAAGAAGCUGGAACGCGCUGAGCAGCUGAUUGGCGGCCUCGGGGGCGAGAAAACCCGCUGGAGCCAAUCGGCCCUGGAGCUGGGGCUGCUGUACAUCAACCUGACGGGCGACAUCCUCAUCUCCUCGGGGGUCGUGGCCUACCUGGGCGCCUUCACCUCCAACUACCGCCAGAACCAAGUGAAGGAGUGGACAGACCUGUGCAAGGGCAGGGGCAUCCCCUGUUCCGAAGACUUCUCCCUGAUGGGCAUCCUGGGAGAAGCCGUGACCAUCCGGACCUGGAAUAUCGCUGGGCUACCUUCUGACUCGUUUUCCAUUGACAACGGAAUCAUCACCAUGAAUGCGAGAAGGUGGCCUCUGAUGAUAGACCCUCAAGGUCAGGCUAAUAAAUGGAUCAAGAACAUGGAAAAGACCAACAGUCUGCAGCUGAUUAAAUUUAGUGAGCCCGACUACGUCCGGACCCUGGAGAACUGCAUCCAGUUUGGUACCCCUGUGCUGCUGGAGAACGUGGGCGAGGAGCUGGACCCCAUCCUGGAGCCGCUGCUGCUGAAGCAGACCUUCAAGCAGGGCGGCAGCACGUGCAUCCGCCUGGGCGACUCCACCAUCGAGUACGCGCCCGACUUCCGCUUCUACAUCACCACGAAACUGCGCAACCCGCACUACCUGCCCGAGACCUCGGUGAAGGUGACAUUAUUAAACUUCAUGAUAACGUCAGAGGGAAUGCAGGACCAGCUGUUGGGAAUUGUGGUGGCGCGAGAAAGGCCGGACCUUGAGGAGGAAAAACAAGCCCUGAUACUGCAAGGAGCCGAAAACAAAAGGCAGUUAAAAGAAAUAGAAGACAAGAUCUUGGAAGUUCUUUCGUCUUCGGAAGGCAAUAUCUUAGAAGACGAAACUGCGAUUAAGAUACUGUCUUCCUCCAAGGCGUUGGCCAAUGAGAUCUCACAGAAGCAGGAGGUGGCCGAGGAGACCGAGCGGCAGAUCGACACCACCCGCAUGGGCUACCGGCCCAUCGCCGUCCACUCCACCAUCCUGUUCUUCUCCAUCGCCGACCUCGCGAGCAUUGAGCCCAUGUAUCAGUACUCGCUGACCUGGUUUAUUAACCUUUUCAUCCUGUCUAUUGAAAACUCAGAGAAUUCAGACAUUUUAACAAAAAGGCUGCAGAUUCUCAGGGACCACUUCACGUACUCGCUCUACGUGAACGUGUGCCGGUCGCUCUUUGAGAAGGACAAGCUGCUCUUCUCCUUCUGCCUCACCGUGAACCUGCAGAUCCACGAGCACGCGAUUAAUAAAGUUGAGUGGAGAUUUCUGCUCACGGGCGGCAUCGGCCUGGAUAACCCUUACACCAACCCUUGUACGUGGCUUCCUCAGAAGUCCUGGGAUGAGAUCUGUCGCCUGGAUGAGUUGCCCUCCUUUAAAGCCAUCCGGAAGGAGUUCAUGCACCUAAAGGAAGGGUGGAAAAGAGUCUAUGAUAGCUUGGAGCCACAUCACGAGGCUUUUCCUGAAGCUUGGGAAGACAAAAUGAAUGAUUUUCAGAGGAUGCUCAUCGUUCGUUGCCUGAGGCCAGACAAGGGGUACGGGGGAGCGAAACUUAGCUCUUUGUCUCUGGGUCAAGGCCAAGGGCCCAUCGCUAUGAAGAUGUUAGAAAAAGCUGUGAAGGAAGGAACGUGGGUGGUUCUGCAGAACUGCCACCUGGCCACCUCUUGGAUGCCGACCCUUGAGAAAGUGUGCGAGGAGUUAAGCCCAGAGUCCACACACCCAGACUUCCGAAUGUGGCUGACCAGUUACCCGUCUCCCAACUUCCCCGUGGCCGUGCUGCAGAACGGAGUGAAAAUGACCAACGAGGCCCCGAAAGGGCUCCGGGCGAACAUCAUCCGCUCCUACCUCAUGGACCCCAUCUCGGACCCCGAGUUCUUUGGCAGCUGCAAGAAGCCCGCGGAAUUCAAGAAGCUGCUGUAUGGCCUCUGCUUCUUCCACGCGUUGGUACAAGAGCGACGGAAAUUCGGGCCCCUGGGCUGGAACAUUCCUUACGAGUUCAACGAGACUGACCUGCGGAUCAGCGUCCAGCAGCUGCACAUGUUCCUGAACCAGUACGAGGAGCUGCCCUACGACGCCCUGCGGUACAUGACGGGCGAGUGCAACUACGGCGGCAGGGUGACGGACGACUGGGACCGCCGCACGCUGCGCAGCAUCCUCAACAAGUUCUUCUGCGCCCAGCUGGUGGAGGACCCGGGCUACAAGUUUGACUCGAGCGGCAUCUACUUUGCGCCCCCUCCUGGUGAGCACAAGAGCUACAUCGAAUACACGCAGACCCUGCCGCUGACCCCGGCCCCGGAGAUCUUCGGGAUGAACGCCAACGCAGAUAUCACCAAAGACCAGUCAGAAACGCAGCUGCUCUUCGAUAACAUUCUCCUCACCCAGUCUCGUUCCGCAGAAGCUGGCGCCAAAUCCUCCGAGGAGGUGGUGAAUGAGGUCGCGGGCGACAUUUUGGGGAAACUGCCCAACAACUUUGACCUGGAGGCUGCGAUGAGGAGGUACCCAACCACCUACACUCAGAGUAUGAACACUGUGCUCGUGCAGGAGAUGGGCCGCUUCAACAAGCUGCUGCAGACCAUCCGGGAGUCGUGCAUUAACAUCCAGAAGGCCAUCAAGGGGCUGUUGGUGAUGUCUACAGACCUCGAAGAGGUGGUCAGCAGCAUCCUGAACGUCAAGAUCCCAGGGAUGUGGAUGGCCAAGUCCUACCCGAGCCUCAAGCCCCUCGGCAGCUACGUGAACGACUUCCUCACCAGACUGAGGUUCCUGCAGCAAUGGUACGAGGUGGGCCCGCCUCCGUCCUUCUGGCUCUCCGGCUUCUUCUUCACACAAGCCUUCCUGACCGGCGCCCAGCAGAACUUCGCCCGGAAGUACACCAUCCCCAUCGACCUCCUCGGGUUUGACUACGAAGUGCUGGAGGACAAAGACUACAAGGUCCCUCCGGAAGACGGUGUCUUAAUUUAUGGAUUAUUUUUGGAUGGAGCUUCCUGGAAUAGAAAGAUAAAGAAACUUGCAGAAUCACAUCCCAAAAUUCUUUAUGAUAUAGUGCCUGUGAUGUGGCUGAAGCCCUGUCGGAGGACAGAAAUCCCCAAACGACCAAGCUACGUGGCGCCGCUGUACAAGACCAGCGAGCGGAGGGGGACGCUGUCCACCACGGGCCAUUCCACGAACUUCGUCAUCGCCAUGACGCUGCCCUCCGACCACCCGAAGGAGCACUGGAUCGGGCGGGGCGUGGCCCUGCUGUGCCAGCUCAAUGCCUAGCUGGAGGACGCCCGUCCCUGCUCCUCUCCCUACAUGAUCCAGUAGAAAUAUAGUUUCCUUUUUAAACAAUCUAGUUAGUGUCAAUCUGUCUAAAGUUACACUUCAUUAUAAACUUGUUAAUGUGCAAAUGCAGACUUUGUUUAUGAUGAUUCAUCUUGGGCGUAAA